AUGGCAGUAAGUACGUCCAAGUCACAAAGACGAAUGUCUGCGAUGUUGAGAGCAUUCAAUUGUUCGUCCUCCAAUGACGGUGGCGGUAUAAUUACAAGUAAAUACCCGGAUCUAGAAAUCCCAUCAAAUAUGUCUAUUUCUGAUUAUGUGAUGUCAAACUUUGAUCACUAUGGAGACAAGGUUGCUGUGAUUGACGGGUUAACUAACAAGUCGUAUACAUACAGACAAUUGAAAGAUUUAAUCCACAGAUGUGGGAGUGGAUUAUCUAGAGCUGGGUUUCAACAAGGCGACGUAUGUGCCCUGUAUUUACCGAACAUGUCAGAAUAUUGUAUACCGUUUUAUGCGGUGAUAUCCAUUGGAGGAAUUGUUACAACCAUAAAUCCAUCACACACCUCUAUCGAGUUAGUGCAUCAACUGAUAAUGUCAGACGCAAAGUGGAUUGUUACACUUCCGGAUGUAGUCGACAACAUCAAAAGUUCCAACCUGUAUAAUAUUAAGCAUACCUAUAUACUUGGUGAUGGCAAUGUUGAGGGUUGUUUGCCAUUUGCAGACUUAAUGACAGAUGAUGGAUCUGCAUUUCCUAAGGAUAUAAAAAUAAACCCAGUAGAAGACGUGGCUGUAUUACCAUAUUCUAGUGGCACUACUGGACGACCAAAGGGAGUUAUGCUGACCCACCAGAACCUCAUUGCUAGUUGUGAGAUCGGGAUAUCUACAUCUGUUCUCAAGAAGUCCGAUAUUAUUUGUGUACUACCAUUAUAUCAUUUAUCUGGCAUGCAUACGCACAUACUCCUGGGUUUGAAACAAGGGAACACAACUGUUCUGCUGCCCAAGUUUCAGCCAGAAGUGUUUCUACGUCUAGCCGAGAAGCACAAGGUUAGUCAAUUGUUCGUGGCUCCACCUCUUGCUGUGUUUUUGAUCAAGCACCCAAUGGUGGAUAAAUAUAACCUUUCAAGCGUAGACGAUAUCGUAUGUGGCGCUGCACCGCUGGGAUUGGGACACGUGAAAUCACUGAAGAGAAGGCUGAAUAACGAUGAGCUCACUGUACGCCAAGUAUAUGGAAUGACAGAGACUAGUGGGUUUGUAACAUCUUAUGGUUUGAAUGAUACGAUUGUUGCCGGAUCAGCUGGGAGAUUAGUGGCAGGCUGUCAAGCUAAGGUAACGCGCAACGAUGUAAUUUAUCUUUGGGGACAACAUCAAAAGUUCAAUGUAGGAUAA